AUGGGUAUCUCACGAGACUCUCGCCACAAGCGUUCCGCGUCCGGUGCGAAGCGCGCAUACUACCGCAAGAAGAGGGCUUUCGAGAAGGGCCGCCAGCCUGCCAACACUCGUAUUGGCACAAAGCGUGUUCAUCUUGUCCGCACCCGUGGCGGCAACCGCAAGUUCCGUGCCCUUCGUCUCGAAGCCGGCAACUUCUCCUGGGGCUCCGAGGGCAUCGCCAAGAAGACCCGUGUCAUCGGUGUCGUCUACCACCCCUCCAACAACGAGCUCGUCCGUACCAACACCCUGACCCGCUCCGCUAUCGUCCAGAUCGAUGCCGCUCCCUUCCGACAAUGGUACGAGGCCCACUACGGCUCUUCGCUCGGCCGCAGGAGGCAGGUCAAGGCCGGUGAGAAGGAGGAGGACAAGAAGAAGUCCAACUCGGUCACCAAGAAGCAGGCCGACCGCUUGAAGAACGGAGGAAAGAUUGAGAACGCUGUUGAGAAGCAGUUCGAGGCCGGUCGUCUGUACGCCGCUGUCUCUUCCCGUCCCGGCCAGAGCGGUCGCUGCGACGGCUACAUCCUCGAGGGUGAGGAGCUUGCUUUCUACCAGCGUCUCCUCAGGAAGUAG